AUGGCGCCAUUCCUAAUGGCUACGCCGGAGCCGGAGCCGGAGCCUUCGCUGCAGGAGGAGAUUCGCUCAGGAGCAUCCACUCUGGACUUCACCCAAUUCGACACCACCGCCCAGGUUGCACCAACGCUGAAGUUUUCGAGGCCCGACGUGUUGGCGCGGUUUCAAUUGUCCCCAAAAGAAUUUAUUCGCCAAGGCAAACCAAAGACAGACUGCCUGGUCGCGGCAACGGUUGUCUCGCACGGCGACAAAAUCCUCCUUGUGCAGCGCAGUGAACAUGAUUUUGGCGGUCUUUGCUGGGAGGUCCCCGGCGGCUCCUGUGAUGACGACGACUUGAGCAUCAUGGCCGCUGCCUGUCGAGAGCUGUGGGAAGAGGCUGGACUACGCGCAACGGUCGUUGUAGACUUUAUCGACGACGUCCAUCUCCCGUCGACUGAUGGACUUAUUUGGAGAAAAAUGACAUUUCUGGUCGACGUGGACAGGAUUGGAUCACACGAGCCCUCGGUAAAGCUGGAUCCUGAAGAGCACCAGGCUUUUGUUUGGGCUACCGAACAGGAUCUGCUCGCCAACCGCCAUGGAGACAUUACGUUGACUUGGAUGAGCGAAGACCAAAGACAGACCAUCUUGAAGGCGUUCACCAUGUUAAAAAGACCGAACGUCAAAAUUUGA